AUGGCAGAACAAACAGAAAGAGCUUAUCAAAAACAAGUGUUCCACCAUCAUGGAAGAAAUGAUAAAGGAGAAAUUGACUUUGGAAGUAUAAAGAGAUAUCAUAAACAAAUUGGAAUGGGAUUUGUUACACCAGCUGAAGCAAUUAAUGGAACAUAUAUUGAUAAGAAAUGUCCAUUUACAUCAGAUGUUUCUAUUAGAGGAAGAACAUUAUCAGGAAUUGUUAAAUCAUGCCAUAUGAAAAGAACAAUUAUUGUUAGAAGAGAUUAUUUCCAUUAUGUUUCAAAAUAUCAAAGAUAUGAAAAGAGACAUAAGAAUAUUGCAGUUCAUUGUUCACCAGCAUUUAGACAAUUAAAAGAAGGAGAUCAUGUAGUUAUUGGACAAUGUAGACCACUUUCCAAAACAGUUAGAUUUAACGUAUUGAAAUUUACAUCAAGAGGAACUGGUGAUAAGAAACAAUUUGCUAUUUUCUAA